AUGAGUUCCCUUUGUGCUUGCAACGGUUUGAAUGAUUGCGCGGCGGCCCUCCUCUCUCGCACUCUGAGGAUUCAGAGAGGGGAUCACGACGAGGAUGUAGUUCCUUGUCCAGAUAUGAAAGCCUUUAUGGCGAUCUGCGGUCGCACGGAGUCGUUCCUGUCGCUGCUGCCCCCCCCGUUCCGCCUCCAGCGGCCGCUGCUGGCGCGCGCCGCGUCCGCCGAGGCGCGCAGCCCCGCGCGCGCGCCCUCCUUCAGCGUGUGCUGGUGCAGCACCACGCCUAUGCCGGAGGUGAUCAACGCGACGACGGGCAAGCUGGAGAGUGGGCAGCCUUCACUGCUGUGUAAGCAGAGCAUGUUCGCGAGGUGGCAGUACCUCGCGCAGCGGCUGCCGCUAGUAUCGCAGACUCACCGCGAGGUGGACUCGCACGCUAAACUGUUGCAGGAGACCGAGCCAGGAGUCGAACCCGCGCACCUGCCGCAGAACCUGGACGGGAUGCUGUACAACGAGGCGAAGCAACUGUGCCCUACCUACCAGCUUGCCAAGACUCGUCUGAUAGAUGCCUUCGAGAAGGCCAAGCUCGGCCGCUGGAUCAAGAAACCCAUAGAACAGGAUCAGUUCGUCUGCGAAAUCACUAACGCUGAUCCUAACGCACUGUUCGCUUAG